GAGUUACGUAACUCAGUCUAAAUAUUAGAAGAGAAAACGUAUUUGUGUUACAGGCCAGAAUGACAUGCAAAAUAGUAAGGACAGAUGUGUAGAGUGUAGACUAAAGCUGUUUACUUGCACUUAUGCCGAUGUAGAUCUAGUGAAAUAAAAGCAAUGAGCUACCUAGGAGUAAAUGCAACAAGAUAGAGAUGUAAUCAGAUCAAGGUUCAGAUAGCACAACAUCUUGUCUACACCAAAGUGUCUCAACCUCCAAGAAAACAUGCCGGUGAUGUCGAAAAAGUGCCAGCUAGGGGCUCUGGUUUUGGUUAUUUUGGUUCUGACAAUCAGGCUUUGCUCCAACAACUGGGUGAUUAAUGUAAUUGGCUACAACUCUCAAAAAGAAAUAAAAGCAUUUCAAUUAAGUCAAGCUGUUAAACAGAACAAUCAGAUCAACACACAAACUCCAAUAAAAUUUACUGCACCACCAACAACAACACACGAAGUUAAGCCUCCGGUUACUCGCACUCGCCCUUUCACUCGGGUCCCAGGCGAAGAUACAUACAUCUACUCGGCUAUAGCCAACAUUGAAUACGAGGAGAAAAAGAAGCAGCUGGAAGCUAAAAAUAUCACCAGCUUUGACCUGGAGCUGAUCCUCACGACGCUUGAUGCCACUAGACACGGUUACAACUGCUGCGUCAUCUACCAUGACCCCGAGUCGGUGACUCUAACCGUAACGCCGGCUAGCCACUACUUCAGGGAGUUUAUUGUGGGUGGUCCGUCCAAUGAAAAACUUUAUGCCGCACGGCAAUAUGUCUGUCAUGGAACAGUCUCUACUGCAAACAACAUGCCGGAAUAUGUCACACUGACCUCGAGUUCCAAGUGCCCAACACACACGAAAGAUUAUCUGAAAGUCUUGUACCCAAUCAAACAACCUGGCAUUGCACUUUGUGGUAAAAUAGCUCACAGUGGAGGUGUAGAACCUCAAAAAGCCAUUGAAUGGUUUGAAAUGCAAAAACUUCUGGGAGUUGAUAAAAUUCUGAUCUACGACUUGGGAAAUCCCGAGGGUUUAACGAGGGUGUUUAGACACUACCAACAGGAAGGGAUUCUAGAUCUGCAGCCUUACGAACUUCCGGGGGAGCCGGAAUCCCGAUCACUUACAGAGGCGUACAAGCACACGGCACAGUUUAAUUAUGACGAGACUUUGGCGGUCCUGGAGUGUAGGCAUAGGAUGGCGGGCUAUGAUUACGUCAUCAGUCAUGACAUGGACGAGAUGAUCAUACCACGACAGGCAGUCGAUUUAAAAACGUUUUUUCAGGAAAAAUGGUCCCAGCGCCCGACGGCUUCAGCUCUUUUCUUCCACACGGAAUUUUUUCUCACCACCUGGGAGCCGAGCAAUCCUGAGGAACAGCUGAUGGUCAAACGGUUCAGGAACACCACAGUGCCAAGGUGGGAGUGCUACAAGUACGUGUACAAGCCGUCACGUGUCAUCACGUCCAUUACUCACACUGUGUUCUCUAGGAGUGCGUUCAAAACGAUUAACAUUGAACCUAACGAGGCCAUCUUACAUCAUUACCGGAAGUGCCCAGAGGACACCUGGAAGACCUGCAGCGUACCUUCCAAGAUCGAUGACGUCAUGACUAGGUACAAGGACCUUGACCCGAGGGUCGUCAAGGUCAGAGAGGUCACGGCCACCCCGCCGCUGUAUAAACCUCGUCAGUGA